GCAAUCCACAAAGCUGCGGACAAACCACCAGUCCGUGGAGGAGAGCGACGAAGCAACGGGAAACUCCGCCACCGCCACGGGAUAGAGAGAUCGAGACACCAGGGCGGCCGCCGGCCACACGACACAGGUAAGGCAAGGAGAUGGUGCAGAAGGAGCUGCAGCAGGCAUGGUGGUUCGACGGCCACAACCUCGCAAAGCCAUCCCCGUGGCUCGGCCACACUCUUUCAGAGCUAGAUGACAAGACCAAGCAGAUGCUCAAGCUGAUCGACCAAGAUGCAGACUCGUUUGCUCAACGUGCUGAAAUGUAUUACAAGAAGCGCCCUGUCCUGGUGGACAUGCUGGGUGACCUGUAUCGAGCGCACCGCUCACUGGCCGAGCAGUAUGACACGCUGAAGCAUAGCUGCAGCACGCGUCGCUCAAUGCUUACUCCAUCUCCCAGCACAAAGAGCUGGUCUCCUUCAUCCAUGGAUGGCAAGGCAACAGGAAGUUCUUCAUCCAACUCUCUUUGCUCUGACUCCUAUGACUCGGAGUCUGAAGUUGAUGACCCUGAAGAACACCCAGAAGAAGAACAUGAUGAGAAGGUAUCUGAAGGUGAAAUAGAAGCAGAAAAGGACCAGCCAGACCCAGAAGCAGAGCUCAUGCGUGCGGAGAUCAAGAGGCUCACUGAGCAGAAUUCAGAGCUGCAGAAGGCGAUUGAAGAUAACAAGGCAGCUCAACAGGCAGAGCUCGCCGUCAAGGACGAGGAGAAGAGGGAGGUCAUCAGGCAACUCGCGUCGUCGAUCCACAUCGUGAAGCAGGAGAAUUACACCUUGCGCGAGUGCAUCAAAAGCUCAAAGCAGCACCAGCCCACCGCGCCUUCGUCCCGUGGUUUUGAUCUCAAGAAGCUGACCAAGGAUCUGUUCUCCGCGAAACUGUUCACGGCGCACUGCAGGCCUUCAGGACCCCUGGUUGCUCUGUGAGUUUUAGGUUUCACAGAAUUCAGCAUGGUUAAGAGAGAAGAAACUGCAUGCACUCUCUCCCCCUCUUGGCAUCUAGGUCCAUGGAAAAGAAUUUCUUGUAGCUCAUGUGCAUAUAGGAUGGAUUUCUUUUGUCCCUGUCUGCUUCCAUCCAUCCUUGUUCAGGUUUAGCUAGUAGAGAGCGCGGCUCAGUUUAACUAUGUUGCUGCUAAGUAUGCUAUAGCCAUGUUUCGUCUGUACUUACAGUAGUAGUGGUAGGAUAGCCAUAUGAAUGUUUGUCUGAUCGCUUAAUUAUAGUAAAAAUAUAUUAUUUUUGUCAA